AUGGACCCCCUGAUAGGAAAGGCAGCGGGGAUGAUUGGACUGAGCCACGAGAGACUCUUCCAGCUCUUACCCAGCGAAUUAACUCUUUGGGUCGACCCUUUUGAAGUGUCCUAUCGUAUAGGGGAAGAUGGGUCUAUCUGUGUCCUUUAUGAAAGCCCCCAGCCUGGUGGGAAGACGACCAAACAGCUGGAGAGUAGGACCAGCUAUGAGGUAGAUUGGGGAAUCGGACAAUUGUGCUGUUCAGAAAAUAUGAUGCCCUUAAAUGCUAACGACACUGUAUCCUUUCCUAUCUUUUUUCAGCGCUGCGUGGUGCUGCGGUUUUUGAAGUCCCCCCCAAAUCAGAAUAAGACUUCAGAGGAAAUUCUACAUCAUCUGCAAAACAUCGUAGACUUUGGAAAACAUGUCAUGAAGCAGUUCUUCGGGGAGAACUAUGUUCACCACGGGGAAAUUAUUCAACUGCCUUUAGACUUCGUAAGACAGCUCUGUUUAAAAAUUCAGCCCGAGAGGCCAGAGUCUCGCUGUGAUAAAGAUAUGGACACUCUUAGUAGUUAUGCAAUGUGCCUUCCUAAUCUUACCAGGCUGCAGACCUACCGUUUUGUGGAACACCGGCCAAUCCUCUGCAUAGAGAUUAAGCCAAAAUGUGGCUUCAUUCCUUUUUCCAGCCAUGUUUCGCAGGAGAUAAAGCACAAGGUGUGUCGUUACUGUAUGCAUCAACAUCUAAAGGUAGCGAACGGAAAAUGGAAGCGACCAAGUAAAUAUUGCCCAUUGGAUCUCUUCUCAGGAAAUAAACAGAGAAUGCACUUUGCUUUGAAGAGCUUAUUACAGGAGGCACAGAACAACUUGAAAAUAUUUAAGAAUGGGGAACUAAUUUAUGGCUGUAGAGAUGACCAGGACUGUGUCUCCGACUGGAACGAACUUGCUCGUCACUUGAAACCUUUCUUUUUUCCUUCCAAUGGGUUGGUCAGUGGACCACACUGUACAAGGACAAUUGUUAAAGAAUUAAUCCAUGUUAUAACAAUGGCGCUACUGAGUAGUACGGAUGCCUGCAGGGCAGGUGAUAUGAAGACAGUUCCCAUUUCACAAGGAAGAAGCUACUGUGAAGCAAGUGCUUUUAAUAAGGAGCUAGUAAGAAAUGGUAAACAUAAAUUGGAAAGCUCUGGCUUACCGAGGGGUUGUCUCCUUUAUAAAACCCUUCAGGCUCAGAUGCUUGACAUGCUGGAUAUUGAAGGACUCUAUCCUUUGUACAGUAGAGUUGAACAGUACUUAGAGGAGUUUCCUGAAGAGAGAAGUACAUUACAGAUAGACGGACCUUACAAUGAAGCAUUUUAUGAGAAGCUGCUAGAUCUUUCAACUGAAGAUGAUGGGACGGUAGCAUUUGCAUUAACAAAGGUGCAGCAGUACAGGAUAGCAAUGACUGCUAAAGACUGCUCCAUCAUGAUUGCCCUUUCACCCUGCCUACAAGACGAAUGCUCUGAGCAGAGACCUGUGGUACUAACGUCCAAAUCGAGAUUCACCUUUUCUGUUUCUGUCCUGGACCUCGACCUAAAGCCCUACGAAAGCAUUCCGCAUCAGUACAAACUUGAUGGCAAGAUAGUAAACUACUAUUUGAAGAAUGUACAGGCCAAAGAUGACCCAGUUAUGUCCAAUCUCUUCAAGGAGAAUGAAGACUGCACAUUAGUUCUCCAUCAAGUGUAACCAUUUCCUUAAGGUUAUUUUUAUUCAAACACAUUAGAAAGUGAAAGAUCAAUGGAAUACACUUAGAGUGAUUAUUUUUUCUUUCCUAUCGUGUUCAGUGCAUUUUUCAGCUGUGAAUGUUUUUGCUUUAAGAACUGGUUUCUGAUUCGUUUGCCUUUUCAAAGACAUGGAAUAGCACUAAACCACGCAUUUGCUAUAUAACCUUAAUGAAUGUAUUUAUUGACAGAGCAGGUAAUGUGCCAUACCUUGGAACUAGAGGACAGAUCAAAUUAAUACUAAAAGUCUACUUCCUUAGAAUUGAAAGAGCACAGAAUUAAAGGUUUCCUUAAGUAUUGCACUAAUAUAGAAAACCUAAUUACUAACGAGAGUUGCCUUGGAGCUUGUGCUUUGAGUCUCACUCGGACCUGCUAGGGAGAGGGAUUGCUCUGGCAAAACCUAAUAGAAAACUUCAGCAUUAAGUCCACUGAAAAUAGAACUGAGGUGGCUACACAAGCGAUGCUGAACUGGGGCACUACUGUGUUAGGGCAGAACACUUAAGGACUAAUGCGUGAGAUGAAGAAUGGCAGGUGGCCUCCAGAAGUUUUGUCAUCACCUUGUAUCUACCUAAAGCUUCUGAAAUUAAGGGAAAAGGGAUAAAUGUGAGCAUCUUUGGAUUUUAUGUGACAGCUGGGCUUGGCCCAUCUGACAUACUGGUCUCUUAUUUUCUACACAUUAUAUGCUGCUAUUGAAGGUGAAACCACAGCUUGCUCUUACCUAAUUUAAAUUGAGCUAUAAGAAUAUUAUAUUCUGAGUUUUACAGAUUGUGUCAAAUGUUGGCAUUAUUUCGCUGAUAUCCCACCUACUGCACAGCAUGAGGAGCUGCUUUCAGGCUUGUCCUGUUUUAAGUGACACAGGAAAAAGGUGACAGGAUCUGAUUUUCUGAGGCUGCAGGGGGUCACACUCAUGAUGAGAGCAGGAGCUAAGCUUGUGUCACUACUUCGGUGAUUUAAUGAUAGCUUUGCCCAUCAGCAUGUGCAGCUGAAGUCCUGUGUGAUGUUGCAGUAAAAGCCAGCCUCGAGGAAGAUGCUGAGCUGGAGACUGAGGGUAUAUUCAAAACCAAGGGCAGUGCGAUAAAAUCUAGGGACACUUUCCCAUAUGCUUGGGGAUUACACACCCUGAAGUGUGUGGAGAGAUGCUAUUCGAGCUACAAGUGACCUGCUGUUACCUGGAUAUGGCGUGUGCUUACUGGUAAUGAUGUUUUUCAAAAU